UGAAACUCAGCAGCUCUGAUGGUGAGUUUUGGGGAGUGCUGGCUGAUGACGAGAGGAUUAAAAACAGUUACCGUAUUUAAAAGAAGUCACUGAAGUACCACAGUAUACUUCCUUACCUGGUGACCAGAGACUUUUCAGAUGGAAACGUCCACUUCAGCUAACAUUGAUCCUGUUCAGACCAACAUGACAGCUCAGACAGGAGGAGCCAUCUGUGCUCCUGUUCUCCAUGGGAUUAAUAUUCAAGGCCCAGUGAAUGUAACCAUUAAUCAGGGAGGUCAGGAAGUCCCCAGUUCCAACACCAGUGCAGUUCAGGCUGGAGGCUCUCCUGGUGCCCCUGCUCUCACUGAAAAGUUGAUCACUGUAUACAAACAAAGACUGGAAACAAAAUUUUGUAGAAUUAAUGAAAGAAUUUCAGAGCAUGGAACAUCAACUCUGCUGAAAGACAUCUACACAGAGCUCUACAUCACAGAGGGAGGGAGUGGAGGGGUGAAUGAUGAACAUGAGGUCAGACAGAUUGAGGCAGCAUCCAGGAGACCAGCAACACAGGAGAAACCCAUCAAAUGCAAUGAUCUCUUUAAAGAAAGACCCAUCAGAACUGUUCUGACUAAAGGAGUUGCUGGAAUUGGAAAAACAGUCUCUGUACAGAAGUUCAUUUUGGACUGGGCUGAAGGAAAAGCAAACCAAGACAUCCACUUCAUAUUUACCCUUCCUUUUAGGGAACUGAAUUUGAUAAAGAAAAAGCUCACUCUGGUUGAGCUUCAUCAACUAUUUUCCCCAUACAUAAAAGAACUAAGAUCAAUAAACUGUGAUUCUUACAAAGUCAUGUUCAUCUUUGAUGGUCUGGAUGAGUGUCGACUUCCUCUAGAUUUCCAGAACAAUGAGAGCUUGUGGGAUGUAACAGAUUCAGCCUCAGUGGAUGUGCUGCUGACAAACCUCAUCAAGGGGAAUCUGCUUCCCUCUGCUCUGCUCUGGAUAACCUCUCGACCAGCAGCAGCCAAUCAGAUCCCUCCUGAGUGUGUUGACCUGGUAACAGAGAUACGAGGGUUCAGUGACCCUCAGAAAGAGGAGUACUUCAGGAAGAGAAUCAGUGACCAGAGCCUGGCCAACAAAAUCAUCUCACACAUCAAGUCCUCAAGAAGCCUCUACAUCAUGUGCCACAUCCCAGUCUUCUGUUGGAUUGCAGCCACUGUUCUAGAGAGAGUGUUGGGUGGAGCAGAGAGUGGAGAGAUCCCCAAGACUCUGACUCAAAUGUUCUCAUACUUCCUGAUCUUUCAUAUCAAACACAAGAAUAAAAAGUACCAUGGGAAAUGUGACAUUGAUCUUCAGCAGACUAGAAAGGUGAUUCUGGCACUGGGAAAACUGGCUUUCCAACAGCUGGAGAAAGACAAUCUGAUCUUCGAUGAGGAAGACCUGAGAGAGUGUGGCAUUGAUGUCAGAGAAGUGUCAGUGUACUCAGGAGUUUGUACCCAGAUCUUCAGAGAGGAGUUUGCACUGCACCUGGGGAAGGUGUUCAGCUUUGUGCACCUGAGUGUUCAGGAGUUUCUGGCAGCCUUAUAUGCAUUUCUCUCCUUCAUUGGCAGAGAUGGAACCAAACAGCUGACCACUGAUCUCUCUAGUAUUUUCAUACAGUACAAGAUGUCAGACUUCCUCAAGGCUGCGGUGGGCAAAGCCUUACAGAGUGAGAAAGGACACCUGGAUCUUUUCCUCCGCUUCCUUCUGGGUCUCUCACUGGAGUCCAAUCAGACUCUCUUACGAGGCCUAAUGACACAGACAGGAAGCAGCUCUCACAACAAAGAGGAAACAGUUCAGUUCAUUAAGAAGAAGAUCAGGGACAAUCCCUCUGCAGAGAAAUCCAUCAAUCUGUUCCACUGUCUGAAUGAGCUGAAUGAUCAGUCUCUAGUGCAGGAAGUUCAAACAUACAUGAACAGAAGACAUUACAGUGUUCUCAGUAAAGUCAGACUCUCUCCUGCCCAGUGGUCAGCUCUGGUGUUUGUGUUGCUGAACUCAGAAGAGGAGAUGGAUUUGUUUGACCUGCGUAAAUAUGACAAAUCAGAUGAAUGUCUUCUGAAGCUGCUCCCAGUGAUCAAAGCAUCCAGAAGAGCUGUACUGUAUAACUGUAAUCUCACAGAGAAAAGCUGUGAAGCUCUGUCUUCAGCUCUCAGCUCAAACCCUUCAAGUCUGAGAGAACUGAAUCUGAGUAAAAAUGAACUGCAGGAUUCAGGAGUGAAGCUGCUCUCUGCUGGACUGAAGAAUCCACACUCUAAACUGGAGAAACUGGAGCUGAUGAAUUGUAGUAUUACAGACAAAGGCUUUGCUGCUCUGGCUUCAGCUCUAAAAUUAAACCCUUCCUCUGAACUGACAGAGUUGAACCUGAACUCCAAUAAACCAGGAGAGUCAGGAGUGAAGCUGCUCUCUGAUCUUCUGGAGGAUCCACAAUGUAAACUGGAGAUACUUCACCUGUCUGAAUGCAGUAUUACAUGUGAAGGCUUUGCUGCUUUGGCUUCAGCUCUAAAAUCAAACCCUUCAUCUUACCUGAGAGAGCUGGACCUGAACUACAAUAAACCAGGAGAUUCAGGAGUUAAACUGCUCUCUGGUCUACUGGAGGAUCGACACUGUAAACUGGAAAUACUACAACUGCAUGACAACAGUAUUACAGAUGAAGGCUUUGCUGCUCUGGCUUUAGCUCUAAAAUCAAACCCCUACACUCGCCUGAGAAAGCUUAACUUGAGCUACAGUAAACCAGGAGGAUCAGGAGUGAAGGAGCUCUCUGAUCUACUGGAGGAUCCACUCUGUAAACUGGAGACACUACACAUCUGAACACCAUUUAGCUGAUCUGCUCUCACACACAGAGGGUUGUGAGGACAGGAUGAAGUCUUACUACAAACACACAAACUCAGUAUAUGGCUCUACAUGGUGCUCAGUCCAUUGAUCUGAGAACUCCAGCAGCUUCUUUGUUUGAUGUGUUCAUCUCCUUUUCCCAGUGAGGUUCUUCUUGACAGCUACACAUCCCACAGCGCUGAGUAGUCUUCUGACAGUGGAAGGAUGGACAGACACACCUGUGGAUGUUUUCAGAUCUGAAGCAGCUUGAUUUUCUCCUCUCUCUCAAAGAUGAAAGCUUUAA